AUUUUCAUUUCAUACUAGCCAAUGUUAGAUUUUUUUUCUAUUUUAUUUUUGUUAGUGCUUCAACCUUAAUGAAAAAGUUUAAUUUGAGCCUAACAGGUACUAAAUGAUAACAAAACGAAUGGGAGGUCCAGUCGAGCGAAUGAUAGGCCACAUGAUUGACGUUACAGGGUCACUCGGUAACGACAACUAUUCAUCAACAUGAGCACACCUAGAAGAAUUGUAUUUAAGAUCUCGCAAAACCAAGUUCGGAUUUGAUAGGUCAGUUGUAACUAUUUUCAAUUUUUUAUUUUUGUGUUAUGUUGUGCCAAGCGUACAUUGGUGUGAUUAUUCAAACAUUGUCAACUUGGAAGCUGAACCAAAUAUUUCGUUUAAACAAACUCAAAGCAACUUGCAACAAUCAGCACUAUGACAAUUUGUAAUUUUUUUCGCAAAGUUAGAACAAGAUAUUUUGGUGAUCAAGAAUUUGAUCCAAAUUCCACACCUUCAAAUGAAAAUAAGGUUCGAGGUAUCUGUUACAAAAAACAUGAAAUCAUUGAUGGAUUAGAUGUGAAUUUUUCAUCAUUCUCAGACGAAUCUUUGAAAUUCGAGAUACUUGAUUUUAAAUCCGAAGAUUCUGAAACUAAUGUACAAUCGUUGAAUCGAAGAUGCUACUCAGUUGAUGCUCAACAAAGACGACAAAAUCGACUUGCUCGAAAAGUGAAUGCAAAUUUAUCGUUAAGUUUUUCAGGACCACAUUCCCACUGCAAGCCUUCAAGAGACAUAAUCUAUGCAGAUUUGGUCAGGAAGGGCGCUCCUUCUUUCGGCAAUUCAUGGUCUCAUAUCAAUGAAAAAAGAUCAUCUCGAUCUAAACUUUCCGAUUUUAUCAACAGCGAAAAAGCUAAUCGUUGUAAUUCAUCAUCAUUCUGCAUUAAUGGCUACCAAUAUUCAAAUUUAACUUCAAAUGAUUUUCGCAAGAUUGGUGACUUAGGUUCAGGAAAUUUUGGUUAUGUUCAGCGUUUUUUGCAUCUUCAAUCCGGUUCUCAUAUCGCGGUGAAACGAAUGAAAUAUCGUCUCGACUUUAAUAUGGAAAAUGGCCUAGACGAUGAUAGUCGAAAACAUGUUUUGAAUGAGUUAGAGUUGUUAUCCAAAAGUCAACAUGAAAACAUUGUCAAAUUUUUUGGUUAUAUUUUAAUGAAUUAUGAUUCCGAACUAUGGCUUUGUAUGGAAUUGAUGGAUUGUUGUUUUGAUCGUCUGAUGUACCAAAGCGGCAAUUCUCCACAGAUUAUACCAGAAUCUAUUAUCGGUUCUGUUACAGUAUCAAUUAUUGACGCUUUGAUAUAUUUGAAACAAACUCAUCAAAUGAUUCAUCGUGAUAUCAAACCAUCGAACAUUCUAAUCAAUCACCAAGGUAAAAUCAAGUUAUGUGAUUUUGGUAUUUCCGGAUGUUUGAUUGAUUCAAUGACUUCAUCACGAACAAUGGGUUCACUUGCUUAUCAAGCACCGGAAAGAAUUCAACCACCGACUGAUUCUGGAAUAAAUUUCAAAUAUGAUUGCCGUGUAGAUGUCUGGAGUUUAGGAAUGACUUUAUUGGAAAUGGCGCUUGGUCAUCAUCCUUAUGGACAAUGGACAGUUGCAUUUGAGAUCAUAACAAAAAUCAUGAAUCCGAAAGAUGUUCCAACUUUAUCGACAACAAAAGAAAAGUAUUCAAAAAAUUUCAAGAAUUUCAUUGCUACUUGUCUACAACACGAUUAUCGGCUUCGUCCCAAAUAUGAUCAGAUAAAAAUGACAAAAUUUUACAAGGAACAAGUUCAAAAAUUUAAUACACAAAUUGCACGUGAUUGGUUUAACUUGGUUCAUUUUCAACAAUAA